UGUAGCGGUUGCGGCCCUGAUUGGAUACUACAGGUCGAACCUCUGCUGGUUUUCCCUGUGGUGUGUCAGAAGUGUCGUUUAACAUUCCACGCUGAGUUGGUCUUCUGUCACUUGAUUCGCUGAACCCUUUGUAUUCAUUCAUGUAAAGCGCCGAGCUGUGGAGCCGAGCUGUGGACUUGCCUGUUGUCGCUUCAGGGGAUUAGCAUUAGCUGUAGGUGGCUAAGCUAGCUAAUAAUAACAACACUGUCAGUGACAAGUCGAACCAGCCUAGGUGCUCUGUGAUCGAGAUGCAAGUCAAGGACUGCUUCGUGUCCGCUCCCGGGAAGGCGAUCCUCCACGGGGAGCACGCAGUCGUGCACGGAAAGGUGGCUCUUGCUGUCAGUUUGAACCUGAGAACAUAUUUGCGGUUGAAGGCCACCGCUACUGGCAAAGUUUGCAUGAACCUCCCAAAUAUUGACACAUUCCUCUGCUGGGACCUGUCUGAGCUGAAGCAGCUCGUUCCUUACUCCUGUGCUAAGAGGGAGGAGCUGAAAUGUCUGGACCCUGAACUUCUGCGGAGACUGCGUGAAUUUGUCGGCGUAACUAAUGGAAAACUGGAUACUUGCAACAUGGCCACCUUAGCCUUCCUCCACAUCUACCUCUCAGUGUUUGGAUCAGGUGAGCUACCCAGCUUGACGGUGUCCGUGUGGUCGGAGCUGCCAACUGGAGCGGGACUGGGGUCGAGUGCUGCCUACACAGUGUGUUUAGCUGCAGCUCUGCUCUGUGCAAGUGGAGCCAUUCCCAUUCCACUCAAAGAGUGGGAUCACACAGCCAGGUGGUGCCAGGAGGAUCUGGAGCUGAUCAACAGCUGGGCGUUCCAAGGGGAAAUGAUCAUCCACGGUAAUCCUUCAGGAGUAGACAACGCUGUGGGAACGUGGGGUGGCAUGCUGAGAUUCUUGGCCGGGAAGAUAAUACCACUGAGCAGGGUGCCGUUAUUAAGAAUCCUCCUCACUAACACCAAAGUACCACGUAGCACCAAGGUACUUGUUGCCAAGGUGAAGGACAGGAUUAACAAGUUUCCCUCUGUCCUGCCCCCUGUGCUCGACUCGGUUGAUGCCAUUUCCUGUACUUGUGAGAAAGUCCUCUCAGAGAUGACCUCUGAGCCCAUCACGGGCGAGCACUACAAUAUUCUAGAGGAGCUCAUCGACAUUAACCAGCACCAUUUGAAUGUGAUGGGGGUGGGACACCCUGCCUUGGAUACACUGUGCCGGGUCACGCUGACCAGAGGGCUCCACAGCAAGCUAACCGGUGCAGGGGGAGGAGGCUGUGGCAUCACACUUCUGAGACCAGAAACGGACUCCUCUGUUGUCCAGAGUACAGUGCAAGACUUGACAGACUGCGGCUUUGACUGCUGGGAAACGAGUAUUGGCGGGCCAGGUGUCCAGCAGCACUCUCGUUUGUCUGUUAAGGACGAAGUUCUGGAUGUUUUAAACCAAUACUGACACCCACCUGUGUCUGAGGCCGAACAGGAGAACACAAGGGCUGUUUGUCUGUAUGUUGUCGUUACCUCAAGAAGUGAAGUGUGCUGAACUAAUAAAAUCGUCCGAUUCAACCAAGGGACAUUUCACACUGUGCAGAGCUGGACAGAGCUGCCUGGAGUAUUGACUACGGAUUUUAAUCUCAAGUUUUUAAGUAACAACUAAUGAACUGUGUGAUGUGUUUUUGGGGUGAAGCUUCUUACGCAGUGUUUGCUUGUCAAAUGCACAGAAGGCUAAAAGCUGGUGUAUUGAGCUCUCUGUCCACUAGAUGGCAUCAGAGUUGCACAAAUGCAUUUCAUGAAACAAUUUUAGGCACCGUUAAAUUUAAUUAAUGUGUAAGUGAAGCUCUGGCCGGAUUAAUUUCUACUUUCAUCCCAAUGUUUAAGUGGGGCCAAACAAUUUUACUGGAUUAGCUGACCAUCAGCCAUUAAUAACUUACUCCUGAUAUUGUAACACACAGUGUUGUUGGGUAAUGAAUGAAUGAAUUAAAGUAAUAAUAUAUAUUAGGAAUUAUAUCACAAAAAAAUACAAAUGGAGAAAAAAUUGUAUAAAAUGUUUUAUUCAUUUUUUGGUAAUAAUGGUAAUGUCACCAAUAUUCAUAUAUAUUAUUCAUAUGAUAAUACAUGUAUAUAAAUAUCAUCAUUAACUCCAGUUCAAACAUAACUUUUGUAUGCUGCUGUAUAAUCCUGCAUUACUUUUAAUUUAUGCUCUACAUUUAACAUAAAUGUUGAAAUAUAAAAAUCAUGCUCAAUUCAAGUCAAUUCAGCCUUUUUUGAAAAAAAGUUUCUUAAAUAUCCUUAAUAAUUUGGUGAAAUAUUCUUAAGUGUUAUGCGCUGUUAAUUUCUGCCGUCAAAAGAGUAAGUGGCUUUGUUGUUGUGCUAAUAGAGGACGGGGAGAAGGGGACAGCAGGAGUGUGUGGCCUCUGUGGAGCCUCUGGAUUAGCACCACUAUAAUGUGAAUCAACAACCAGCAUCCUACUGUGAGUCACACAUUUGUGCUGACACACACACACACACACACACACACACACGUUUUUCCCCCAAUUCUCCUCCAUCUAGUCCCUCAUCCUCCUGAACAUUACAAAAUAUUCUGCAAAUGCUAUAGAAAACAGAAAAAAAAGAUCUGUUUAGAAUAUUCCUGAUAUGGGGAAAAGGUCAUUGUGGCAUUCAGUUCCGUUUGAAUAUCCAUUUCAUUUUCUAUUUUUUAAAUGUCAUGAAGAUUGAGUAGUACAAAUCUGGCAGUGUACGUGAAUAAAUGACAUUCGUCACCCUCCCUCCUUGUCCGCCUGGCGCCCCCUCUGUCCUCUUGAAUUGUGUCAUCUUUAUGUCAGGGCAACCCUCCGUCAGCGCACCACACAGUUGCCCCUAACCCCUGCUGGAAUUUAAUUACCACUACGCUUUUCAAUUGAAAUGGCAUUGACGAGGGGGGACAAGAGGGAGACAACAGAGCCUGUUUCAUUUGAAGCCCCUCUCUUUCUUUUCCGUCUCAUUCUCUCUCACUCCUUUUACCCCUGCAAGGCACAGAUGGUAUUUUUUUUUUUUUUAUCAGUGUCAGCGCCUGCUUCUUUCUGCUCUGAUGAAUAGAAUCUAAGGAGGCCCUGAGAUUAUUUCAGAUAACAGGGAGUGAGGAAAGGGGGUCAAGGAUAGAGGGAGAAUGUCAGAAUUAGAGAGAUACAGUGUACUGUCCCGGGAGUAAAGACGGAGACGAACAAAUACUUUAACAUUUAACAUUUAGGGAGUUUUGUCUGGAUAGAUCAAUGUGAGGGAAUCAAGGAUGUAUAAUUCAUUUUGUCCGGCAGGGGGAAGGAAAUGGUAAAUGUGAAUUUGCUGAGUGGACAUGCCCACUGCCGCACAUUCCCUGUGGUCCGUCAUUCAACUUUUGAAAUGCUUGUCAGAAGCCAUUAAGUUUGAAUACGGAAUUAGACCUGACUGACAAGAUAUCAUGUUGCUCAUGGCCACUGGUUUUACUAACAGGGGUUCGGUGCACGUAUGACUUCCUACAGCGAGCGCUUUCAUUUACAUAGAUAGGACCUCUGGAUCACAGUAUGUCGUUGCUUGUUAUUAUGGAAAAUGACUUGUGUGUUGAUUGUAUUUCAUGUCAUGAUAUCUGUGUCUGUGGGGGAUGUGGAAUUGGCCACAGCAGGGAGGAGCUGUGUGACCGUCCGCUCCCAGCAUUCGUAUAGACACACUGGCAGAGGCAACAUCAUGGGCUCCUCUCUGUCCUGAUGGGCUGUACGAUCCUCCUGGGGGUGUUUGCCCUUUCGAUAAGUGGGGGUGGUAGCUGGUGUUAGUAGCAGGGGUCCGAUUGAGCCGGCAGGGCACAGGUGCUGUCAAAGAACUCUGAGGAUUUUGUUUUAGGGAGAAAUGUUCUAUUGUUACCGUUUGUCGCAGCUCCUCAUAAUACACUGGUUGUUCAAUGUA